CUUACUUCCUACCAAAAACAUUUAGUGCCGACCUCCCUCCCACCGACUUUUCACGCGCUGCAGGUUUCGCAUUACCAGAUUACAUGGGAUGUGCUAUGUCCGUUUUGUUUCUGGUCAUGGCAAGCGCUGAAAAGGAAAGAUCUGAGUAAUCUAUCUGCCGGCGAUUUCUCAAGCCGGAAUGUGGCUACAGUAUGCGGAGUGUCGUAAGAUGCUCAGGCACUUACCAGUCCACGUUGAUACCUGUCACGAUCUCGAUGAUCAGGCACGGCCAUGGUAACACAGCAUGGGUGGUGCGGUGUCAGACGAGAAAAGGCGCAGAUCUGAUGAUAAACUGGUUCCCAGGUGUUGAGCGACAAAUACAAUUGAUCCAGGAAGACUUACUUACAGCAACAACACGCUACCUAGGUAGGUUUUUCAUACACCGGGUACCGACCGGGACAGACGGGAGCUUGAUGGUGUCCACUCACCAUUCACCUUCGGGGGAAGGGUCGCGCGACCAGGGAAAAGCCAGCGCCGAAGACUGGAAGCGAGCGCGGUGUGCCCGAAACAGAUGUAUGAAAUCACUCAUUCUAAAUGCGUAUGCGUUCUACCACUGGCUAAAAGCGAGUGCACGCAUGUCGAUUGACCCUAUACGAAGUUCAUUUAGCCUACCAGAGUCACACAGAAGCUCAAGCCCCAAAUUUUCCGAGCAAAGCGCCGCGAGACCCGACUAUUCGGUUCUCUCGGGCUCGGCAUGGGAAAGGAUAUCCGAGACGACGAUAUUGACUCGCCAAUUUUCUGACCGGCUUACCUUGUAACUUAAUGAGUCAGUCCAUCAUUCAGCACCGGCUACGGUAUCCCUAGGCCCAAUAUUACAACGCAGUAUAAGAGCCAAGACACUCUUACUUGAUUGACCUCGCGGCCUAUUACUCGAUAAGGGCACAAGCAUUGAUGUACUGCUUCGACAUUUGAUAGUAAGAUCAUA